AUGCGUGACCUAGCCGAUAUCUUUGCACAGUUGGGCAUGUCCCAGUACUUUGGGGUCUUCGUGCAAGAAGGCUUUGACUCGUGGGAUACGAUUCUCGAUAUUACUGAGUCUGAUCUCGAUACGCUCGGAGUGAAGCUUGGUCACCGUCGCAAACUCCAAAGACGCAUUGCUGACGCUCGGGGCCUAUCUCCCAACGCCAUCCUCCCUUGGACGCCAACCAGUCAAUCAGCGGAGGAAGCCAAGCCGGAUUCGACUCGGCUGGUCACCACAGUUUCGGGCCCUGCCACAUCUCGAGAGGGCACGGCAACGAAGAGGAAGUAUCGCAGACACCCUAAACCAGACAAAAAUGCUCCCGAGAAGCCGCCCUCCGCCUAUGUGCUCUUUUCCAACAUUUCUAACGUUAGCGUGCGGUUAGAAAUUCGUGAAGAUCUAAAGGGCCAGACCCUCUCAUUCACCGAAAUCGCAAAACUGGUAGGAGAAAAUUGGCAGGCCUUACCCCAAGGCGAGAGGGAGCGCCUCGAAGACCAGGCGCAGCAGGCCAAGGACAGGUACAACCAGCAGCUAGCUGCCUAUAAGAAAACCGCCGAACACCGAAAAUAUUCCCAAUACCUGCAAGAAUUCAAGAAGAAGCAGCUACAAACAAACCAAUCCCAAGCCUACGAAUUCACUUGCACUCCCUCGUUGUCUGACAUGUUGGACAACCAUAACCGGGCUGAAGAUGCGGUGUCAGACACGUACAGUACUGGCACUGAAAACCAAAGACAACCCGCUACUGGUUUUGAUAUGAUGCUGCGGACCAGCAGAGCAUCUGUAUCAUCCAUGCACUUGGACGGUAGCCCCGUAUCCAUGACAAGUCCCGAGCUGCAAGCUAGCGAGUUGGUACCAGCAAAGGAUGUAGGGAUGCCGAUCAAGUCGUUGCUUUCUACCAACACGACGGACUCCAUGUAUGACCUGCCUCGAUGUGCUCAAACGAGCCGCAAGUUGCGGCACGCCCCAGCCACCCCCGAGUUAACCUCACCCCAACGACAUGCUCCGUGGCGUAUGGGUGACAUGGUUGGGCUCAAGGUGGGAGGUUAG